AUGGCGCAGCUGUGUGGGCCGAGGCGGUGCGGGGCGCUCCUCGCCCUGCUGGUCUCGCUGCUCCUCUUCCGGGCUGAGGCGGCCGAGGGAGAACGUGGCGUCCACGGAUUGUCCUGCCAAGCCAACUGGUCUAUGCUUUGUAUUUUAGACUUCUGUCGAGUUCCGAAGAUAGUGGGAAGAUGCCGGGCCUCCUUCCCUAGAUGGUGGUACAAUGUCACUGAUGGAUCCUGCCAGAAGUUUGUGUAUGGCGGCUGUGAAGGGAAUAAAAAUAACUACAUGACCAAGGAGGAGUGUCUUGAGAAAUGUGCUGGUGUCACAGAGAACACCAUUGAUGAUCUGGCCACCAGCAGGAAUGGAGCAGAUUCGUCUGUCCCAAGUGUUUCCAGAAGGCAGGAUUCUGAUGACCUCUCUGGUGAUAUUUUCGACUACGAAGAAUACUGCACUGCCAAAGCAGUCACUGGGCCUUGCCACUCGUCCUUGCCACGCUGGUACUUCGAUGUGGAGACGAACUCUUGUGACAACUUCAUCUACGGAGGGUGCCGGGGCAAUAAAAACAGCUAUGUCUCUAAGGAGGAGUGCAUGCACCGCUGCUUUGGCAAGCAGUUGUAUCCUGUCCUACCCCGUGGCACUAAAGUGGUGGUCCUGGUGGGGCUCUUCGUGAUGGUCCUGAUCGUCUUGCUGGGCGCCUCCGUGGUCUGCCUGAUCCGGGUGGCCCGGAGGAACCAGGAGCGCACGCUCAGCACCGUCUGGAGCUCUGGGGAUGACAAGGAGCACCUGGUGAAGAACACCUACGUCCUGUGAAGGCCCUGCGAGCCAGAGGCCGCCCUUCCUCAGGCUUCCCUGCGGAUGACGAGCACCUGGGAUGGGAGGGGAGACCAGUGGAGCACGUGUGUGUGCUUUUUAAAAUAGAGUGAUUGGUUUGUAUUUGUACAAUCAUUAGGGCUUCGGGUCUGUUUGUUACUCCAGAAGGUGAGAGGGCUGCGUCCCGCUCUCCUGCUUGGGUUCGUGUUGGGAACCCUCUCGGAGGAGGGCUCUGCCUCACACCGCGAGCGGUCUGGCCCCAGAUCAGAGUCAGCUGCUCUUCAGUUCUU